AUGGCAUCCAAAUUAGUUUUGAGCGUUCUUCUUUUUCUGGUCCUUGUCGCAACUCAAGCUGAAGGAAACAAUAACUUCAACUUGGUCAUGGCAUCAAGAACCCUCUCCGAUAAAGGUUACCAACCACCGUUAACUCUGCUUCAGUAUCAUGUUGUGCCUUCAAAACUUGAUGGUCAUGCUCUGGAAUCUCUUCCUCAUGGUUCCAAGAUUGAUACGCUGCUUCUCGGUCAUCCUCUGGUAGUCACUACUCUACCAACCGAUGAAUUCGCAUCCAUCAAUGGAGUCAAAGUCGCUGAAAGGGAUCUUUAUAACGAUGGAGGUUUGAUUGUUCAUGGCGUUGAUAACUUCUUCGAUCCUGCUUUUUAG